GCUGACGACGUCGCUAAUGAGCGCCGAAGCAGCAGCAGUGAGGAUGAAACCGACCUGCAGCUGAUUUUAUUCUACUCCUGCGCCAACUUGGUCUGCGUGAGAGUUGAGGGGAGGCAGUGCUGCUGGAGAGAAGAAACAAGAACAAGGUGUUUCAGCUGAGCAGGUCAGCUGUGGUUUUUGUGUUUUCUGCUGCAACGUUAUAGACCUCAGACGCACAGUAGAGGCACCUGCUCUGUGGAGUUGACCACCCUGUGCUGAUUCCUGCGCUUUGGUGGCAGAGAACCAACGUGAGAAGCUAAAGAGAUGGACCAGAACAACAGUAUACCAGCUUUCCAGGGACUGGCCUCCCCACAGGGUGCCAUGACGCCUGGCGUGCCUAUCUUCAGUCCCAUGAUGCCAUAUGGCUCAGGCCUGACACCGCAGCCUGUACAGAACACCAAUAGCUUGUCCAUACUUGAGGAACAACAGAGGCAACAGCAGCAGCAACAGGCUCAGCAGGCAAACGCAGGCCUUCCAGGCACAUCAGGGCAGACCCCACAGCUUUACCACUCCCAGACAGUAGCAGGCUCGACCACCACAGCUCUGCCAGGAAACACCCCGCUCUACAACACACCUCUAACCCCCAUGACCCCUAUCACACCGGCCACACCAGCCUCAGAGAGCUCUGGAAUAGUACCACAGCUACAAAACAUUGUUUCUACUGUGAACCUGGGCUGUAAACUAGACUUGAAGACCAUUGCUCUGAGAGCCAGGAAUGCAGAGUACAACCCAAAGCGUUUUGCUGCGGUCAUUAUGAGAAUACGAGAGCCCAGGACCACUGCUCUCAUCUUUAGCUCGGGGAAGAUGGUCUGCACUGGAGCCAAGAGUGAAGAACAGUCACGGUUAGCUGCCAGAAAAUAUGCUCGUGUGGUGCAGAAGCUCGGCUUUCCUGCGAAGUUCCUGGACUUUAAGAUUCAGAACAUGGUGGGAAGCUGCGAUGUGAAGUUCCCCAUUCGGCUGGAGGGAUUAGUUCUUACGCAUCAACAGUUUAGCAGCUAUGAACCGGAGCUGUUUCCUGGAUUGAUUUACAGAAUGAUCAAACCCAGGAUUGUCCUGCUUAUCUUUGUCUCUGGGAAAGUUGUACUCACAGGUGCCAAGGUUAGAGCAGAGAUCUAUGAAGCUUUUGAAAACAUCUACCCCAUCCUGAAAGGCUUCCGCAAAACAACGUAGAACCUGCAGCUCCUUUUUUCCUCUCUCCCAAACCCUGUCAGUUUUUACUCAUCUGUCUUUUAAUCUCACACGAGGCAUCAUCUGUAUGUAUUUUUUUUUUUUUUUUUUUUUUUUUUUAAAGGGAUGUGACAUCGUUUUCUUUUUUUCUACUCAAGUGUUUUCAGGUUUUUUGAAAAACCUUUCAAGAAGAUUUUUUAUCACUGCAUAUGAUCACAAGUUCUGGAAUGUUUUUCACCAAGACACCUCACAUUUUUGGACCUCUACAUUUUUCUCCCUGUUAUUUUUUGCUUUCUCUGUUGUCCCACUCACAUCCCUGAUUGUACAUAAGACUGUAAAGACAUGUAAAAAUCGGUGAAAAGCAGUCUGAGGAGGACUGUUCUUGUUUUACUUUCAGCUGUUUUAAAUAGUUUUAUAUAUUGUGUUUUUAUCAGUGGUCGGCUUGGACCACAAGUUUUAUCAAUACAUGUCAGGUCUACCCGCCCUGCAUUCCUUUAAACAGAAUUGACUGAGAUUUUCGACACUGUUUGCACCAAACUGAAUCAGUCUGCUUUGCGUUCGUCAUUAUGCCUACAUUCAUAACCAGUGGAUAUUUGCUAAUCUUAGUCCUCAUCUUGCGAAUGUUGGAAGGGGAUUUCCCUUCAAAGUAAUAAACCGGCAUGGUCUUUGAUGUUCACUCUGGGAAGCUGAGUUAAGUUGGAUUCCCUUACGUUUUAAAUAGAAUGAUGCUGAUUUAAAUUGAACAAAGUCCUCCUGUUAAAGUAGUUUCAAUUGGUAUGGGCUCCCCUCUGCUGUAGUGACUCCAGCCUCAAAGUGAUCAAAACUUUUGAGGAGUGGGAAGCUUUGUCCUGUGAGCAAUGCAAAAGAGGAAAGUCUGACUGAAUCAAGCAAACAUUGGAACUUUUGCUCUUAUAGUAGAAAUACUUAAACUUACUACCUAAGUUGACAUUGUUCUCCCUAUACUCACAAGCACUAAAAGAUAUCCUGUUGGAAGAGAAACCGUGCAUCAUGUCAACAUGUUUGUUGCUUUGAGUUUCCUAAGUUGGCUCUUCAAUAGUAUUGUUUAAUGACAGUAUUUGUUUUUCAAUCAUUUGAGUUUAAGCCGAUGUGAAUCAGUCCUGACUUUGCACACCCCGCCCUCAGCUGAAAACGAGUUACAUUUUUGGGCACUUGCGUCUGUGUCUGCAUGGAUAGCAAUCGAUUGGGGAAAUUAGAGAUUUAUAUGAAACCAUAUUAAUUUCUACAUUUCACUAGCGAUUCUGUACUUAGCAGCAGCCAAUCAGGAGUCAAGGAAUCUAAAUGCAAAUGUACUUCUGCAAUUGUGGUGUGCUGCACAGUCCAAUAAUAAAUAUGUACAUACUGUCUCUUCUUA